AAAAACAAGACUCCAGCGAAUUUUAAGUGAGUAAAGCCGAACGGUGUUUGUCAGUAUAGCUUAUUUUGUAUUGGUAUUCAACUCAAACACACAAUUUAAAAACUCGUGGACUUCAGGAACAUCGCAGAGCAAGUCAGACAAUGAGUUAAAUGGAGAGAGAAUAUAAAUUUACAUCAUUACAUGCCUAACAAUACUCAUGUGUUGGUGAAGUGAGGUGACUCCAGGCACAGUCAUCACAAUGGCUCUUACCAACACCACUAUAACAUCCUGGAAAUUGCAGGAGAUUGUGGCUCACUCCAGCAAUGUGUCCUCACUGGUGCUGGGGAAAUCAUCUGGUCGUCUGCUGGCCACAGGUGGCGAGGACUGCAGAGUCAAUAUCUGGGCAGUCAGCAAACCUAACUGCAUCAUGAGUUUGACGGGCCACACCAGUCCUGUGGAAUGCAUUCAGUUUAACAGUUCUGAAGAGCGUGUGGUGGCGGGCUCUCUGUCCGGUUCCCUGCGGCUCUGGGAUUUGGAGGCUGCUAAAAUUCUUCGCACUCUGAUGGGCCACAAGGCCAAUAUAAGCAGUCUGGAUUUCCACCCUAUGGGAGAGUACUUGGCGUCUGGAUCUGUGGAUAGUAAUAUUAAGCUAUGGGAUGUAAGAAGGAAAGGAUGUGUGUUUCGAUAUAAGGGUCAUUCCCAGGCCGUGCGCUGUCUAGCCUUUAGUCCUGAUGGGAAAUGGCUUGCCUCGGCCAGUGAUGACAGCACAGUAAAGCUGUGGGAUCUUAUAGCCGGCAAAAUGAUCACAGAAUUCACAUCACACACAUCAGCAGUCAAUGUUGUGCAGUUCCACCCGAAUGAGUACCUGCUCGCAUCUGGGAGUGCAGAUCGGAGCGUAAAGCUGUGGGACCUGGAGAAGUUUAACAUGAUUGGUUCUUCAGAGGCCGAGACGGGAGCUGUGAGAAGUAUAUUGUUUAAUCCUGACGGCAGCUGCUUGUACAGCGGCUCUGAGAACACGCUACGAGUGUACGGUUGGGAGCCGGACCGCUGCUUUGAUGUCGUUCAUGUAGGCUGGGGCAAAGUGGCUGAUCUGGCCAUCAGCAAUAACCAAAUGAUUGCAGUGUCGAACAGUCAAACUAAUGUGAGCUGGUAUGUUGUGGAUCUCAACCGAGUUAAGAAGUCAGGAUCUGUGAUUCAAGGGCUGAUUCAGGACAAGCCGAUUCCAGUGCCCACAUCUGCACUGGGAACUACGCUUCGCAGAAAUUAUGAGCGACCAACUACAUCCUGCUCUGGACAAGAGAUGAAGCAGAGUUCAGAGGCCGAUCGCCGCAGUCCAGAAGGUGAGCGGAGAAGUCCCAGUAGUGAGGAUGAGAAAGACGAUAAAGAGAGCAGUGCAGAAAUCACAAACCAUGAAGAUUUCAAAGAAAUUUUUCAGCCUAGGAGUGUCAUCUCACGGACGCCUCCAAAAAAGACGGAACCUUUCCCAGCACCCCUAGAGCAUUCUUUCUCUGAGAGUGUACUAGAGAAGCCCGGACCUACAGUCAAGAUCGUAACUCCAGUUAUAGACAGAGCAGGACAGUUAAAAGCUCCCAUCAUCUCCUCUACUCCAGUUCAAAGAGUGGAACCUACUGUAAUCACUGCUGCACGUCCCGUGGUUACCACAUCUGUGCCCUCUCCAUCUCGUCCUGUGGUUACCAUCACCAAACCUAAACCCGGACCAGGAAUCAUCCUGUCAACACGCAAUGAGCCCAUUGGCCUUAAUGCCGGGGACUUCCUUUCUCAUGCACGAAACAGUAAAGCCAGUGUGAUGGGAGAUGAAGAGGCAUUAGCACAGAUCAGGAAGGGGCAUGACACCAUGUGCGUAAUGCUGACCAGUCGAUACAAAAACCUGGACACAGUACGCUCAGUCUGGGCCAGUGGCGAUGUUAAGAUUUCCCUGGAUUCUGCUGUUUCUAUGAAUGACCUCUCUAUUGUGGUGGACAUCCUUAACAUAAUUAAUCUUAAACCAUCUCUGUGGAAGUUGGACCUGUGCACUUCUAUACUACCACAGAUUGAGGAAUUGCUGCAGAGCAAGUAUGAAAGUUACGUGCAGACUGGUUGUACCUCUUUGAAGUUGAUUCUUAAGCGUUUUUGGCCGUUGAUCUCGGACACACUGACUGCCCCUCCUUCUGUAGGUGUGGACAUUACACGAGAGGAGAGGCAUCAGAAAUGUAAAGCGUGCUAUAAGCAGCUAAAGAACCUUAGUAAUGUGGUGAAGAACCGGGCGGAGCAAGUCGGUCGUCAUGGCAGCACUUUUAAAGAGCUACAACUACUUAUGGCCCCACUGGACUACUGACAAACACAGAUGCAUUUCUGUUUCAACACAAAGCUCAGAAUGUGUCCAUAAUGAGUAAAAUACUGACUGCACUUGACUGAUCGGACAAUUCACUUGGCACUUGUAUGUGUGUUCUCAUGGACAAACACACUUUGAAGUAUUUGUGUAGGUUUUUCACACUUGUUUCUUAGUGGCUGUAAUUUCAUUUCUUUCUCAACAGUUCCACUUUUGGAAUGUUUUCCUAAACACUGUCAACAAUAAA